UUGUAAUAAAAUCUUUAGUUAAUUGAUGAUUUUCGUUUUUUCUUAAGAUGUUUAUAUAAUCUGAAAUAAGAGAGCGCGGGACGAGAGAACUGGGGGAGAAAAAAAAAAAAGUGAAAUAGAAUUAAGAAAAAAAAAAAAAAAAAUUCGCUGUGGAGAAGAAGAAGACGAAGGAGUUGAAGAAGAAGGAAGACGGAGAAGCUUGAGCUUGUGAAGCUCUCUCUACUUGCUAAACUGGUUCUUGUAGAUUCUCAGGGUUUUCGGUUGUUACUGGGGAAAUUUUGUUGGUGGUGACACAAUGAGUAGACCUAACACCCGAAACAAGAACAAAAGACAAAGACCAGAUGCUGUUGAUUCUUCUUCUCAGAUUCUCCGGAAAAUUCACGAGGCUAAUGAUGUAACUGAUGAUGACAUUAACCAACUUUUCAUGAUAUGGAAGCCAGUUUGUCAAGGUUGUCGUGUAAACUCUCGUGACAAUCCUAACUGCUUUUGUGGGUUGGUUCCACCGGUUAAUGGAAGCCGGAAAUCGGGUUUGUGGCAGAAAACGUCUGAAAUUAUUUUGUCUCUAGGUCCAGAUCCGACCUUGGACCGUCGUGAUUCUGACUCUACACCGGCUGGUCUGACCAAUUUGGGUGCUACUUGUUAUGCCAACAGUAUACUUCAGUGUUUGUACAUGAAUACUGCUUUCCGAGAAGGAGUUUUUUCUGUUGAGGUUGAUGUCUUGAAGCAGUAUCCAGUCUUGGAUCAGAUUGCUCGGCUUUUUGCACAAUUGCAUGCUAGCAAAAAGUCUUUUGUUGAUUCAGAUGCUUUUGUGAAGACGUUGGAGUUGGAUAAUGGGGUUCAACAGGAUACCCAUGAGUUCUUGACAUUGCUUCUCUCGUUGCUUGAGCGUUGCUUACGCCAUUCUGGAGUUUACAAAGCCAAAACAAUAGUUCAAGAUCUCUUCAGUGGUAGUGUCUCGCAUGUGACCACGUGCUCAAAAUGUGGGAGGGAUUCCGAAGCUUCGUCAAAGGUGGAGGAUUUUUAUGCCCUUGAGUUGAAUGUUAAGGGCCUCAAAACUUUGGAUGCUAGUUUGAAUGAUUACCUUAGCUUGGAGCAGCUUAAUGGCGAUAAUCAAUAUUUUUGUGGAAGCUGCAAUGCUAGAGUAGAUGCCACACGCUGCAUUAAGCUGCGCACACUACCUCCUGUUAUCACUUUUCAGCUCAAACGAUGCAUUUUCCUUCCUAAGGUGAUUUCCUCGAUCUUAAUAUGCCAUUGUUCAUGAAUCAAGAGAAAAUGAUCUCCACUGUUUUUCUAGUCAUUUUCUUGUGAAUUGCAUAAAAGAUUGGCAGAGUCUUCUCAAAACAAGUUGACAUACGAUCUCUCUGCUGUGUUAAUCCACAAAGGAAGCGCUGUUAACAGCGGACAUUAUGUUGCUCACAUAAAAGAUGAAAAGACUGGCUUGUGGUGGGAAUUUGAUGAUGAACAUGUGUCAGAACUGGGUAAACGUCCAUUCAAUGAAGCUUCUUCUUCAACUCCACAAUCUGAGAGUAAUGGUACGGCUAGUAGUGAGAAUAUCACAGAUGUCAUUCAAUCAGGCUCUUCAGACUGUAGGUCUGCUAUUAAGUCAGAGGUUUUCUCAUCCAGUGAUGCUUAUAUGCUGAUGUAUAGUCUUAGAUGCGAUAAACAGGAAAAUCAGGAAGGACAGAAAGAAAAUCCUAUUGACAUAUCUAAAGGAAAAGUUGAUAGUGUUCAACAGCUUAAAGGUGGUUAUCUUCCGUUACAUCUUUAUGAAUGGAUCAAUAAUAUGAAUGCAGUAUUCCUUGAGAGUUGCAAGCAAUAUGAUUUAAGAAAGGAAAAAGAAUUGAGUGCUUUGACUGAAAGGAGGCAAGAAGUACGGACUAUCCUUUCAGAAGCUGCUGUUCAGUCACUUGAAGAACAAUAUUUUUGGAUCUCCACAGAUUGGCUUCGUCUAUGGGCUGAUACCACUUUGCCUCCCGCUUUGGACAACACCCCUUUACUGUGUUCCCAUGGGAAAGUUCUUGCCUCAAAAGUAAAUUGCAUGAAGCGGAUAUCUGAACUUGCAUGGACCAAGUUAGAAUCAAAGUUCAAUGGUGGACCAAAGUUAGGGAAAGCGGACUACUGCAGGGACUGCCUUAUGGAUGGUGCUCGCAUGGUUGUCUCUUCUGACAGUUAUAGGGAUCGAAGAACAUUCAUGAAAAGCAUAGCAAAUGAUGUUCUUUCGGGAAAGUGUGAGGACGGAAUGUAUUAUAUCUCUAGAGCAUGGUUGCAGCAAUGGAUAAAAAGGAAAAAUCUUGAUGCUCCUACUGAAGCAGAUGCGGGGCCCACAAAUGCUAUUACGUGCAAUCAUGGAGAGCUGAUGCCAGAGCAAGCACCAGGGGCCAAAAGAAUUGUAGUUCCAGAGAAUUUCUGGUCAUUCCUUGUUGAAGAUGCUCUAAAAGUGAUGCCAGAAGAUGCUUCGGAUUGUACUUGUUUCCCUGUGGACUCCAGCCAAUGUUGUCAUUGCACAGAGGAACUUUCUGAGGUUGCAUGCCUUGAGGAUUCACUAAGAACAUUGAAGGUCAAGCAGCGCCAAAAUCACGAGAAGUUAGCCACGGGAAAGAAUAUACCAUUAACGCCACAAAGCCGAUAUUUCUUGUUGCCUUCUCCGUGGCUAGUGCAAUGGAGAAUCUAUAUUAACAUGACUGGAAAAAAUAGUUCUUCAGCACCAGAGCCUGAACGUCUUGAUGGAGUCAUUAAUACUCUCAAAUGCAAAAAGCACACACGACUCCUUGAAAGGCUCCCUGAACUUGUCUGCAGACGUGGCUUGUAUUUUCAGAAAAAUCCAUCUACAGACAAGCUGACAAUCAUCCCUGAGAUUGAUUGGAAAUAUUUCUGUGAGGAGUGGGGAGGGCUCAUGGAGAAUGGAAUAUCUGCUCUUAUUGAGGUUGGUAACAAUACAGACCAAAGUUCAUCCCCAGACAUCAUUGACCUUGAGAAGCAUUCUUCUCCGGAUGAUAAUAUGGAGGUUGAUGCUCAACAGCUUAUUCUCAGGGCAUCCCCAGAGAUUUGUGAGGAAUGCAUAGGAGAGAGAGAAAGCUGUGAGUUGAUGCAGAAACUUAGUUACUCUGAGGGAGAUGUAUUUGUCUGUCUUGUGCGUGGCAAGGAAGCUCCAAAAGCAAUGUUAGAGGCAUCUGACUCUAGCUUUGAGGUUGAUCGGCGUACUUCAAAGCGAUCUCGGAGAACAAAUUAUGGAAACCUGACAAGCCUGAAAGUGUCUGCGACAACGACUGUAUACCAAUUAAAGAUGAUGAUAUGGGAAUUACUUGGGGUGAUGAAGGAAAACCAGGAACUUCACAAAGGCACAAAAGUGAUUGAUCAGGAAUCUGCUACCCUUGCAGACAUGAACAUAUUCCCUGGCGACAAGCUUUGGGUGAGAGAUACCGAGAUGCAUGAACACCGCGACAUUGCUGAUGAGUUAUGCGAUAAGAAAACAGGAGCUCAAGAUAUCGAAGAAGGGUUUCGAGGGACUCUAUUGACUGGGAAUAUCUCUUCUGAAGCCUGCUAGAAAUUGUAAUUUGAGAUCAGAGUGUAAAAACAAAAUGCGUAAGAAAGAGUCAUUGGCGGAUCAUCUAGAUGAGUAGCUGUGCAGGAGACGGAUGACACAUUUUUUGGGUCAGUUUUUUGUAAAGGCAGGCAAGGCAAGGCUUUGGAGCUUCUUUUUGUGUAAAAAACAAACGCUAUGAUUUGGAAAAAGCUUUUGCACAAGCUGAAUUUGUGUAGAUUCAAAGGCUUAUUGUGGAUUGCUAUUUAAAGCUGACUUUUGUGUGUGUAUUUUUUUGGUGUACUCUUUAUCUUAACGGGCGUUGCGUUUUAACCUCUU